AUGUCAGGUCCACAAAUUUCUUCAGAACUAAAAUUCAGAUCACUGGAAUUCCUAAAGAAAUUGGAGGAUGAUCUACUGGAAGCCAAUGAAAAUUAUGGGAAAGUGGCAGAGGAGAUCGAGGAAUAUGUAAAUGUGAAAAUGUUUUUGGAUAAGGAGAUUGUAAGCCGUAUUUUUGGGCUUUUAACUUCCUAUUUAGGAGUUUGGCGACAAAUCUGAACGAAAUAUCAUGACGAAUAUCGGAUGUAACAUCUACACAAAGGCUAAAAUGUAACAAUUUUUAUUGAAAAAGAGUUUAAUCGUAGCUUUUCUACCAGAUGAAGUAAAUAUAAUUUAUUUCCAGCCCUGCCAAUUCGAAGAUAAUCGUGUGUCUGAUUGAUGAUAUCUUUGUGGAAAUGGAUUAUCAGAGAGCCGAGAAGUUCCUAGAACGAAAGUUGGAGAUAUUAAAUCAGAAAUUGGAUCAGAUUGGGAAACAAAUGGCAGCCAUCAGAGGUCAUAUUAUGUUUGUUCAUGCUGCUAUGGACCCAUCGGGAGUGUUGCAAAGGAUAGAAUGA